CAAUUCCAAAACUGGAAAUUUUUGUCCGAUCUAGAACUUUCUCUUUGUCUCUUCUUUCACACUCAAAGACCCUUUACCCAAACACUCCUUUCUCUUUAAGAAAACCCAAAACCCAUUUCUCUCAUUCACACCAGUUUUCUUCCUUUUUCUCUUUUUUUUUUAAAUUGACUUUUACUGAUUUUUUUUUUAAGUUUUCAUUUUUGCAAGUUUGGCUGGUGUUCUUUAUCUUCUUACGCUGGAAGACGCACCGGCAAAUUAAGAAGAAUGAGUUUCGGCGACACGCAGAGCCAGCCCGAACUUGUGAUCACCGUGACCGAAUCCAUUCGCUUGUUUCUUCUCUCAGCGUCAAAUGAUCCAUGCCUUUCUCAAGAGUUUCGACAACUCGCUCUCACUCUUUCCUCACGAACCAAUGCACCGUACAAGCCGAUCCGAAGUAUAUGGAUCGGGUCAGAUGUUGGCACAAGACCCAAAUUGAUUUCAUUGUUCUCCGGAUCUGAUUUUGUUUUCACCAGCCCUAAACUGAGAGAGAAGAGCGAAGAAUUGAAGCAAAGAUUAAGGAAGCUUAAAGAAAUAGCGGAGAGGAAAGAGUAUGAAGACCUUGUUAAAGAUAUCACGCCGAAGAAGGAUUUGAAUGAACCUUUCUCUAAUUAUAAGGAUCAGCUUGGCUUUGGUUUACAUGUUUCACUGAUAAUGUUUACUGGGUAUUUGGGCGGAUAUUUUGCAUUCAGAGCAUUGUUUAACCACAAUUCUACCAUGAAUGCCGCUGGAGGUAUUCUAGGAUUGGUUCUUGGUAUGCUGCUUGAAACACUUUUAUUCAUUAUCAGAACUUCGAAUCCUGACUUCAAAUCAUCAUCCUCAACUUCGAGAUUGAAGAAAAAUCAAUAGAGUAGCUAUGAAAAGGUUGGUUGUUUAACUUUUCUUGAUUUCUAUUUUUCAUGAUAAAUCUCUAAGUAUCUGAGUUAGCAAAAUGUAAAUAUUAUCACCUUGCAAUUCAAGGGCAUGUUAUUUUAUGUUCUUUGUCAUGAACUAUUUUUGGGAUUGAUUUUUAAUUUUGGUGAAGAACUCUUGAUGAAUUCUGUACAAAUUAAUGAGAGAAGAAAUAAAAGUAUCCUUAAUGAUGGUGAAAUUUAAAUUGUUUGAAUGGACUUCUUCCUUUGUUUGACAUGUUUAUCAAUUUCAUGUUAAUUCAUUCUUUAAAGAGAUAUACAUUAUAUCAGUAUCCUAGUUAAUUUGUUUAAGGUUAUAGAACGUUUUGGAUCUGAAAUUGCUAUAGAUAUCCUAGUGCAUUUUGUGUAUUUUGAAGUUCUACAAAAGGUGUCUAGUCCAUGAAAAAACGGAGCUAUAAAUAAGAAUAGAAGACUUCAUAGGGCAAUUCAAUCAAGUCUUAACUUGGCCACAAGUCCUUUUAUCUAUUCCUUAUUUGAAUACCUCAAACUCUUACCUUUUACAUAUUUUAAAGAUUGCUCACAUUAUCCUAAAUCCUAAAAGGAAAAAUGCUAUUUAUAAACAACAUUUAUCUUGUUAAGAACAACCAUAUUAUCUUGGUUUGUGAAUUGUAUUUAGCCUGGAAAAUUAGUCUCCUUGUUGUCAAUUGAUGUUCCUCUCGGAUCUUGACUGUGUUUUGAUUUCUUUUAGUAAAAAGAAAAGGUCUGAUUGUCUCUCUCUUAACUAAUACUAGAUUCUGCAAGUAUAAGCCAAAUUUCCUUUAGAGUUAUUUGCAAUUGCCAUUUGCAUGGAUUACCAUUGGAGGUUGUAUAAUUAGAUCAUUUGUGGUUCGCAACAACUUGAGUUUGGUGUAGAGGAUUGAAAUUGUGCCUUGAUAAUUUCGACUCUAAAGACAAAAGGUAUAAUAUUCUUAAUACUAUGCAUGUAACUAUAGCUCUCCUUUUGUGUUAGAUUAAAGUUGUUGAUGCCAGUUUUGGGUUAUCUAUCGAUUGAGGCGUGAGUUCUGCGUUUUCAUGCAAUUGUACACUGUUGGUUUAUGCUCAUGUAGUGUUCCAUAGAAGGUGGAAAUGAAAUUAUUGAAGCUCUUAUGGAACCUGGCUUUGCACCAAAGUCUAAAGUUUGUGGGUUGCCAUCUGUUUGCUAAUUGGAUCAAUGAUCAUGGAACUGUAAAAGUAAAUUUGUGCAUGCUUUUGGCAUAUGAAUAUGAACAUUGCAGGACGAAAUCAAACAGCCAACGUGGUUUUUCAGUGAGCGCGUUGCUAAUGAUCAUUUCUUCCUUCUACUAAUCUCUUGCGUGGAUAAUUACAGUCCUUCCUUCAUAAUUUGCUUAUGAUCUCUUCCACUCUUUGUAAUUCUCAUUCAUUAAUUUGUAAUUUGGAGAUUGUUAGUUUUCUCCUUAAGAUAUUUUUUUUUUGUUGGAUUUAAAAGUUGAUGCGUAUUAUUUUCAUUGACAGUAUUAUAAAUUGAUGUUCAUAAGAGCAA